AUGUCUUCUCCUUUGAGUGCUAUCCGCAGGAAGAAGAAUGUCAAAAAGGGUAUUCAAUUCUGCCUCAUGGUCUGCGGUGCCUCGGGAACAGGCCGCACCACUUUUGUAAACACUCUUUGCGGCAAGAAGGUCUUGCAAACCAAGGACUGUGAUGACUAUGCCAAUGCACACGUUGAAGAGGGUGUACGAAUCAAGCCUGUCACUGUUGAGCUUGAGGAGGAGGGAACUCGCAUAUCUUUGACUAUCGUCGAUACCCCCGGAUUUGGUGAUCAAAUCGAUAACGAGGCCAGUUUUGGCGAAAUAUCUGGCUACCUCGAACGUCAGUACGAUGAUAUUCUCGCCGAGGAGUCCCGUAUUAAGCGUAACCCUCGAUUCCGCGACAACCGUGUUCACGCCCUUCUUUAUUUUAUCACACCAACAGGUCAUGGUCUCCGUGAGCUGGAUAUUGAACUAAUGAAGCGCCUUUCUCCCCGCGUUAAUGUCAUCCCUGUCAUCGGAAAGGCGGAUGCUCUUACCCCUGCAGAACUCGCAGAGUCCAAGAAGCUCGUGAUGGAGGACAUCGAGCAUUAUCGCAUUCCGGUCUAUAACUUCCCAUAUGACAUUGAGGAAGAUGACGAGGAUACUGUUGAGGAAAAUGCCGAGUUACGUGGCUUGAUGCCUUUCGCUAUUGUUGGAAGCGAAGAAAUUGUGGAGAUUGGUGGUCGCAAGGUCCGCGCCCGACAGUAUCCAUGGGGUAUUGUCGAGGUUGAUAACCCAAGACACUCCGAUUUCCUGGCAAUUAGGUCUGCUUUACUGCAUUCUCAUUUGGCCGAUUUGAAGGAAAUCACGCACGAUUUCUUGUACGAAAAUUACAGAACCGAGAAGUUGUCAAAGUCUGUAGAGGGUGGUACAUCUGCCUCUAUGAACCCUGAGGACCUUGCUACGCAAUCCGUCAGGCUUAAAGAAGAGCAGCUCAGACGUGAGGAAGAGAAACUUCGAGAAAUUGAAGUCAAGGUUCAGCGUGAAAUCAACGAGAAGCGACAGGAGCUACUCGCUCGUGAAUCACAACUCAAGGAAAUUGAGGCAAGAAUGACUCGUGAACACAAUCAACCAAUGGAUGAUAAAUCAAAUGGUGAUGUCUAG